AACCGCUGGCAUGUGGAAAUACCUAGUGUGGUCUAGAAAGAUCCCAAGGAGUCGGUGUAAAUGUGAGGCCCACCUUGACGUACAUAGAAGUGCUGUUUAAAAUUUGUUGUGACAAAAAAAUGAGAUUUAGACGAUAAUAUAAGCCGCCCCAUGCCGUGAAUCUCAAUCCCAAAAGCUACACACAAUUAAACAAGUUGAAAAUAUUUUCUCCAAUCCUAUUCGCCACCGUUGUUUCACUCCAUUCUGUGUGCUUUCCGAUUUGAAGUCUAAAUAAUUGCUGUUUCAUAAUUAACAUAUUUGAACUCCAGUAGCAAGCAAGUUCCAUUACAAACAAAGCAAUGGAAACCUACGAGGUAAAAGUGAAGGCUGAGAACAAGAACAAAGAACUAAAGCGCCUAGGGUUUGUGAAGGUCGCUGCUAUUCACACUUACGUGUUUGUCUCGUAUCUGUAUGAAUCUGCAAAGAAGAAUUCAGGGUCUUUGAGAUCUGCUGUUGAAACGGUGGAGGGAACAGUAACCACUGUUAUUGGUCCUGUCUACAACAAAUUCAAGGAUGUCCCUGAUGAUGUCCUGGUUUUUGUCGACAACAAGGUGGAUGAAGCCACUCACAAGUUCAACGAACAUGCUCCUACUAUUGCUAAGCAGCUUGCGGACAAAACCAAAACUUUGAUUCAGAAAGUGACAUAUGAAGCGGGGAAAGCUGUGAAUGUGGCUCAAUCUGAAGGACCACGAGUAGCUGUAGAAUAUGUCGUUACAGAAUCCAAGAAUUUGCUGCUAAUCAAUUCAGUGAAGCUGUGGGCUGGACUCAACCAAUUUCCACCUUUCCAUGCAGUUGCAGAAAUGGCGGUUCCCACCGCGGCUCACUGGUCUGAGAAAUACAACCAUGUAAUCAAGACCAUGGCUGAAAAGGGCUAUAAGUUUGUUGGUUAUUUGCCUUUGAUACCUGUUGAUGCUAUAUCUAAGGCAUUUAAGCAGGGGAAAGUUAACUUGAAAGGAGAUGGAGUGGUUUCAGUGGAAAAGAAAUUAGAAUAAUCUUAUUCUGUUUGAGUUUUAGUUACUCAUUUACAAAAUGCCUUUAACUUUAAGUGACUUUGUAUUCAGAGUUGAGACAAUUUGGCCUAGUUGUGGCUAUCAAUUUGGCCUAGUUCUUGUAAUUAAUCCAUAGUGAUAGUGAUAAUGUAAAUGUGGGAUAAAUGUUUUAUGAAGUUUGCUUGGUUUUAUAUAUGACAAGUAUUGGCUA